AUGGCGGAGACCACCACCAUCUCGAGCACCGUGUAUUGGGCCAUGCUCUCCCUCGGCGCCGCCAACCUCCUGCCGUGGCUCUCCUUUCUCACGCUCGCCGACUACUUUCUUGACAUCUAUGGCGACAACUCGAUGGAAUUUUAUUUCCCGGCCGUCUCGACCACCGUCCUCGUCGGCGCUGCGACGCUCAACCUGCUGUACGGCCAGGCGCUCUCUUUCGACGUGCGUGUUCGCGUGCCGACUUUCGUCAUGGCCGCGUCGCUCCUCGCCGUUCCUCUGGUCGACCUCGCCAUGCGUGCCGGCCUCGCCUCGCGAUUCGGGUUUGCAAUCACGCUCGUCUCCGUCCUCGUCAACGCCUUCUGCUCGGCGGUCGCGCAGUCGUCCCUGUACGGCCUCGCCGCGCUCUUCGGUGAUGGCGCGACGCAGGCGCUCCAGUCCGGGCAGGGCGUGAUGGGAGUCGUGUCGGUGCUCCUCCGCGUCGUGAGCAACGUGGUCCUGGCCGGCCGCCCCUCUACGAGCAUGUUUGCCUUUUGCAGCUGCGGCUCCGCCCUCCUCGCCGGCUCGGUCGCCGCCUACGCCCGAGCCGUGUGGCUCGAGUCGCUCUCGGCCUUCCUCGUCUUCGUCACCUGCCUCGCCUGCUUCCCCGGCCUCGCAACCUCCCUCACUUCGCCGACGCUCGGCUCCUGGUUCCCGCUGCUGAUGGUCGCCGCCUACAACUGCGGCGACCUCUUCGGAAAGACGCUUCCCGCGCGGGCCCGUCUCGUCUCGAGGCGCUCGCUUCCCGCUUGGGUCAGCGCGCACCUCCUCUUCGUCCCCCUCUUCCUGCUGCUGCUGCGAGCGCCCGCCGGGCGCGGCGGCGCGAGCGACGCGCUCCCGCUCGGCUGCACGUUUGGCCUCGGCGUCUCGACGGGGUACAUCGGCUGCAUGGCGCUGGUGCUCGUCGGCGAGCACGCGGGCAGCGCAGAGGAGAAGGAGCUGUGGGGGACUGCCUCCUCCUUCUCCCUCAUGCUCGGUCUCACCGCCGGCUCCCUCCUCUCCUUUACCCUGAGCGCGGCGUUCGCGUCGCCGAGCUGAAGAGCCUCACGCGUGCCGGCGCCAAAUGGGAGAGGCGGGGAACGUCGUAAUACUCUCUCCCAC